UGUUGCUGGAAACGAGCGUACCAGUUCGUGAGAUGUGCAAGACUGAAGUCUGAGCCGGGGAGUUCCUGCUUUUGCUUUCCUACGUUUGGUUACCUUCGUAGAGGUUUCUUUGGUUCAAGAUUGACACAGGUUGCUGUUUCCCAGUCCACCCGUUUGCUGCUGAACAAAGCCUACAGCUCACCAUGAUGCAGCUCAACGGCGAAUCGCACAACAAGCACUCCCUGCUCAACGUAAUGAACCGCUUCAUCGCCGCGGCCAACAACAUGGACGAGACCAUCAUGGUGCCCAGCCUGCUGCGGGACGUGCCCCUGGAGGACCAGGACGGCGCCGCCCCGGUGGUGAACCACAACAAUAACAACGAGGAGCUGGCAUACCACGGCAAGCAGAGGGACAUGUACGAGCAUUACCUGCUGUUGAAGUCCAUCAAAAACGACAUGGAGUGGGGCCUGCUGAGGAGGGACAUGAACGGGGGAGCCAGCUUUCUGGAGAUGGCGGUGAAGCGGGAGGGGCAGCAGCAGCAGAUUAACGGAGGGGCCCCCAUGGAGGACACCUCUGACUUGGAGAGCCAGUUUCACUACCACCUCCGGGGGCUUUUUGGGGUCCUGUCCAAACUCACCGUGCAAGCGGACCAUCUAACAAAUCGCUACAAGCGGGAGAUCGGUGGAGGCAACUUCAUCAGAUAAGAAUGGCUCUCUGCCACUAGAACUUCUUUGACUGUGCUGCAGACGAUGGUGAGAUGUUGUGAGAGGCUCAAGUGGUGGCUGAGCAAGUGGUCCCUCCUUGCUUGCUGUAGGCAGUGGGCCCUGAACUUCAGUGUGACUAACCUGUCAGCCACAUCUCGCCAUUCCUGUUUGCGCUGUAAAGUCACAACCCCCAUUGCUGCCAAAAAAUGGCCAUGUUCUGCAUUUCUCUGAAAGGUGGUUGUUGUGAUUCUCUGGGCCAUGUGGCCUGGUUUGAACUGGUUCGUCUUGGCAAGAGGAUCCCAGCGAUGUCUGCGGACACUCGGUGGAGUUGAACAAGUGCUGAUGGCACUCCAGUCAGAUGUAGACAAUUAGUCAUGGUUGACCCUUGGUUCCCUAAAUGGAGAGGUUUGCUUAUCCUACUUUUUUUUUUUUCUUUUUUUUUUUUUAAAUUCAUUUCAGGAUCCACUUCAUCUUGAACAUGCUCCACUUCCCUGAUGCAGUCAAAAUUGUAUGUGCAAAAUCAAUUCAUGAUAGAAUCUGUAAAUCUCAUAACUCUGUUUGAAGGGCAGUUUGCUGGGUAAUUCUGACCCUCCAUAAACUGAAAGUGGAUUCUUUUAUUCAGACUGUUACCUGAAGGUUGUUUCACAUUAGAUUUUUAGUUUUAUUUGGGGUUUUUUUUAUUAACAUUGAGUCCCUAAAGAGAUUGUGCCUUCUAAAUGGUUUUAUGUUAAAUUGGGUAAUUUGUAAAAUGUUGCUUUGAGCCAUACUCCAAAAUUGCACAAGAACCACUAGUCAACCUGAGACUGUUCAUUUGUGUCAUUGUCUCCAUUUUUGUCCUAGAAUUUCUAAUUUUUAUAUUUGUAACCUGUGAUCGAUAUGUAAUAUCAAUAAAAAGUUUAAACUCA